CGCAUUCCAGUCGCUCGACCGACAUGAACGCCAAGGUCGUCCUCCUCCUCUCCCUCGUUGCCAUGGUUACGGCCGACGCUCCUCCGGCCUACUCCUAUGGCGCUCCGUCGUCGGAGGAAUCCGCUGAGGCCAAGUACGACUUCCAGUGGGCCGUGAAGGACGACUACUCCGGCAACGACUUCGGCCACCAGGAGUCCCGCGACGGCGACGACACUCAGGGAUCCUACUACGUGCAGCUCCCCGACGGCCGCCUGCAGAAGGUCACCUACUACGUGGACGGCGACUCCGGCUACGUGGCCGAGGUCAGCUACGAGGGCGAGGCUCGCUACGACUCCGCCGAGUCCCGCGAGGACGCCUACGCCCCGCCCAGACCCGUGUACGGCUGAGGACGUCUCUCCCUUCCCGCUCUCCCAGGAGGACGUCUCUCCCUUCCCGCUCUCCCAGGAGGACGCUGCUCCUCCUUCUCGCUCAUUCUAAAGGAUGCUUCUCCUUCUUGCUCUCUGUAAAGGAUACUGCUUCUCCUUCUCGCUCUCCACAGGACUUUCUUCUUCAUCUCACGCGCCAUCGUCUUGGAGGGGGAUGCUGCUCGUCUGUCUCCCUGUCCGAAGAGGAUGUUGCUCCUUAUGAUCUCUUGGGUUUUACGAACUAAUCAUAGAACCUGUUGUGUAAGAUAGAUGCUGCUGUCUGUGCGAUGGCAUCAUCCUCAUAUUAGGAACUAAUUAUGAUGUGUGCAAUAAAACAUAUUUUUGCAA